AUGGAUAUCAAACACGUCAAUGAGAAGGAUGCGUCCGGAAUAGCUGCACCGGACGCGAUACACUCCCCUGCUAGCAAUUCAUCGGACGAGAAGCCCACCGUCAUGACAGCAGAAAACGUCCAAACCGACCCCCAUGAUCACAAUGAUAUCAAUAAGCCAUACGACCCAGCAUUGGCUCCUCAAUACACCAAGAAAGAAGAAGAUGCUGUUAUCCGCAAGCUGGAUUGGCAUCUCAUGCCGCUGAUCUUCGUGCUGUACAGCCUGUCUGUGCUCGACCGCUCCAACCUGGGAAACGCCCGUAUAUCCGGCAUGGAGAAGGAUAUUGACCUCACUGGGAACCGGUAUGACUGGCUCGGAACGGCUUUCUAUAUCUCCUACAUCCUCUUCCAGUGGACGCAGAUGGGCUGGAAAGCCUUCCCACCACACAAAUGGGUCGCCUUCGUCGUCUUCGGCUGGGGCGUGGUCUCCACCCUACAAGCAGCAUGCACAUCCUGGGCCGGCGUGAUGGUCUGCAGAGUCAUCCUCGCCAUAUUCGAAGCCUCCUACGGCCCAGGAGUGCCACUGUACCUGUCCUUCUUCUACCCACGCGAGAAACUCGGUCUACGAACCGGGAUAUUCCUAUCUGGAUCCGCCGCGGCAAACGCAUAUGGUUCUGCUCUUGCGUAUGGUAUCGCGCAGGCCAAAUCGUCCAUCGGGCCCUGGCGCAUCCUCUUUAUCGUCGAGGGUGCACCCACAUGCGUCCUCGCGAUCGUGGCGUGGUUCUGGCUGCCCGACAGUCCACAUGCCGCGAAGUUCUUGAAUGCCCGCGACAAGGAGAUCGCGAUUGAUUUGUCGUUGCGCCAGCCUGGUGAUCGCACCGGUAGCAAGGGUUUACAGUGGAAACAGGUCCUGGGCGGACUGAUGGACUAUAGAUCAUACCUCCCGCCAAUCAUGUAUUUCGGAUGCAACGUGUGUUUCGCCUCACUGCCGCUCUUCGUCCCAACGAUUAUAAGCGAAAUGGGCGCUUUCACUAGUAUCCAGAGCAACGGCCUGUCUGCACCGCCUUAUGUGCUCUGCUUCUUGGCGAUUUGCGGUACAGCUUUCAUCAGUGACCGCGUAGGCUAUCGCGGCCCCUUCGUCGCGUUGCCUGCCCUCUUCGCGGCCGUCGGGUACAUCAUCCUCGGGACAACCACGGGCGUCGGACCACGGUACUUUGGCUUGUUCCUCGCUGUGCUGAUCUUCGUCAGUGUCGCCAUGACGCUGACUUGGGUCGGCAACACGCAUGCUACAGAUAGUAAGCGUGCCGUGGCGCUUGCGAUCCUGGCCACGGGCGGACAGUGCGGUCCUGUGCUGGGAACAAAUAUCUUCCCCAAGAGCGAUGCGCCGUAUUACAGAAAAGGCAUGUGGAUUAGCUGCGGAGCUUGUUUGAUCACUGUGGUCGCUGCGUGCAUGCAGAUGGGGUUGUUAAUAAGGGCGAACAAGAAGCGUGAUGAGAAGUAUGGAGCGAAUAGGGAUACUGUGCAUCUGGAAAGACCGACAGAGUUUGGAGAGGAUAAGCAGUUCAGGUACAUGGUUUGA